AUGAACAUCAAAAUUAUAGUUCAGAGCCUCUUUUUUAUAAACGUAGUGUUUUGCCAAAAGGCAUUUAUUACCCAGACGAAUUCGCAAUAUUGCAGUGGAAUGUAUAACAAAAGGGACUGGUCUGGGAAGAUCGACCCUUACAUCAAACUCGAUCUGGAACAGUUCAAAUACAAUGGAGAACACAGUGCAACUACUGCAGCUGAUGUAAGUGUUUUGAUAUUUGAGUACAGAGAUCUUCCAUUGCUAGGAAAGAUUGAUAAUACCGGGCGUAUUCGAUACGUUUGCGAUCAAGAAAUGGUCAAUAUCGGAGCUUGCACCGAGGACGAAUUGAACAACUUCUUGACCGGUGAUGACUCGGAUAAUUCUAAAUCCAAAAUUUUGAUAAUUAAAUUGACUGAUCUGGGAGAUAAUGAUGUAGCGUAUAAUAUUGUCAACACCGGAUACUACUGCGUGGCAACUUAUUCUCCAGCACAAGCUUCAACAGGUGGUAGCAUGUUCAACUCUUAUAAGAUCAAGGUCAACUUCCAAAACUCUUUUGGUUCUUUGGCAGCAUCUGAAAUUCCAAAACUUCCACUAUAUGGCCUGCUCGCCGUGGUUUAUGCUGUCUUUUUUAGCGUCUAUCUGUUCCAUGUUUACAAACACCGAGCCGAGUUGCUGUUGCUACAGAAGUAUCUAGCAGGUUUUUUUGCCUUCCUAACAGUGGAAACAAUUCUCAUCUGGUCGUUAUAUGAAAUUCGGAACAACAAUAAGAAAUAUCCUUUGCCUGGAGGAAUCAAGUUUUACAUUACUAUAGUUUCAUUGUUGAAUGCUUUUAAGCUGUCCUUUUCUCUGUUUUUGUUGUUGAUCAUCUCCCUAGGGUACGGAGUUGUAUAUCCCAAAUUGAAUAAGAGCUUGAUGUUGAAAUGCAAAAUCCUUACCGGUGUGAAUUUUGUUUUUAGCUCCAUGUUCAUCACUUUUUCGUACUUCAGGUCACAAUCUCAGCCAAAUUCCGCAACAACUGCUUACAAAGGAGAUUCUGGUGCCAUCUGGAUCUUGCUGUUGACAAUUCCAAUAAUUUGUACUUUAGCCGCAUUUUAUUUUUUGAUAUUAUCCUCGUUAUCUAAAACGGUGAAGUAUUUGGCGGACAACAGACAAAUCGUGAAGUUGAACAUGUAUAAACGAUUAUUUCGAGUUAUGCUCUUAUCGUCUGUACUGCUUCUAUUGGCCUUAGUGUUUUCCACAGUCUUUGUAUUUGGAGAUUCAGUGAUAGAAUCGAUUGAAAGGAUUUGGAAGUAUGAUAAAGUGAUUACAGACUUUUGGCCUUCAGUUUUGUAUUUCGUCAUUUUCCUUGCCAUAGCGUUCAUCUGGAGACCUACUGACACUUCAUACAUGUUAGCUGUAUCUUCUCAGUUGCCGAAUGAAGUUCUUGAUGAGGAAAAUAGUCCAGACGUCCCAAAUAAUGGCACAACUUUUGGUACUGGUGAAGAAUUUGAAAUUGAUGACUUAGACAAUCCAUUUGCAGACAGGAAUAAACCUGACGUUGAGCCACCAUCAUAUGAUACGUUAGACAAUGAUAGCAUUGAGUUUGAUGCUGAUCAGGAACUACAUAAAGGGCCUAAAUCUGAUAAUUCUACGGUUGUUGCUUCCAAUUUUUCAUCUAACGAAGGUCCGUCUCAAGCUGCAGUUUCCGAGGAAUUAUUCCAAUUGGAAGAUGAAGAGGAAGAGGCUGAUAAGCUUAAGAGGUGA